GGUAGCCGCCAUUUGUCAGCUUGAAUUUGCCGACAACAGUUCGUUUUCUGUGUGUUAAUAUUUAAACGCAUUCAAGAUGGAGACCUGUUGCACACCGAAAAACAAAACGAAAAUUAUCCUUAAUCGCACGCCAAUUUUAAAAGAGCGCAGGUGGAACACCUUGAAUGUGAACACCUCCAAUGUGCGAUGCUCGACGCCAAUAUUUGGCAACUUUCGAUCGCCCAAUCUCUCGCCCAUCGAGGAUAUGGGAGUGAAAAAAAGUCCGGUGUCGCCCAUGCAGUUCGGAAACUUUAAGAAGCCGCCGAUGCAAAUGCAUCAUUAUCAUCAUCAUCAUCAUCAGCAGCACAACCAGCAUAGUGGACGCACUCAUCUAAAACCCCCGGUUUUCAACUUGCCGAAGGAUGCGAACGAGCCAGACCGCGAAUUUAAGAGCAGCAGCAGCCCGGACACAUUUUCGGAUGACUCCAAUAUGGAGACCUCGUUGACCUUGGAGUCGCGUCGCCGUUCGAUAACAGCCUCCAACCACUCGUACGCCGUAAACCAUGCCGCCAAUGUGGAGCAGAUUCUCAUGCACGUGGGCCUGGAGAACUAUGUGACCCACUUUGAGGAGGCCCACAUCGAUCUGGUGAAACUGGCCUCCAUGGAGCGGGCUGAUCUAAUCAAAAUUGGAUUAAAAACCGAUGAGGAUUGCAACCGCAUCAUGGAUGUUCUGCAUAACCUUUAAUUGGACUGCCGGCAUGCCCAAUUUUUCAUUGUAGGUUAAGAUUUUAAAUGUUUUAUGUGAAAAAACUGUGUUUUUAUUAAUAUAUUGUAAAGGGCCUGGGGCCUUAAAAACU